CCUCUUUCUAACCUUGUCUCCUAUCCCUCCAACCCUCUCACCUCUCGCCACCAACCCCUACCUGUCCUCCUGCAUCUGUGGCCGAUUGACACAAUGUCUACCGCAGCGGCGACCCAGACACCCCGCCCACCCCUGCCGACGCGCAAGUCGUCAAUCGAUCCCGAGGCUGCGCUUAAGCUUGAGAAGAGUCUCGCACAGCGGCCCGACAAGCAUGAACUCAUCGAUCGCAACAUCCUCAAGGACGACACCGUCGCGCCCUCAUUGCAGGCUGCAAAGGAGAAGCUGCAGCGUUCCCAGCUCGAGGACAAGCUUGAACAUGCGCUGCAGGCGCGACCCAAGCCCGAUGAACUCGUCAAGGAAGGGAUUCUUAAGGAUGAUGACGCCCCUCCAGCCUGAGUCGGCGUCGCAUCGUGAUGAUUAGGGCUUGUGGGUUGCGCUCUAGGCUAUUGGCAUGUAUGAGUAGUGUAUAGUGUUUCCUGUACGAUGACCGGCGUGUGAGCAGACACCUAGGAGGAUAUUUAUGAUCGAGUUGCAACUCGACUCACC